AUGGUGCUGCAAACCCUUGAAGAUGCGGGGGGUGAAGUCAAGCGACGAGACGUGGAACUGGCGACGCAGGCCGCUCGAGCUACCGAGGCAGAGGAACGUGAGGUGCUGCUAGUCCUUGGGCAGCUCUUCUCAGAUAACGCCUGGGCGCCCUCGUGUUGCACGGUGGAGCGAGUUCAGGGUGGGGUUACGAACCGAAUGUACCGGUGUACAAGUACAGUUACCGGCACCGCGGUUCUCGUUCGAAUCUUUGGCUCCGGUGACUUUUUUAACCGUCGCCGGGAGAACAGCUUGUAUGCAGAGCUAGCGGCCGCUGGUCUUGGACCGCCGUUGCUGGGCAUCUUUCCUCGCGGAAGGGUAGAGGGCGUUCUCACUGGGAAGCCGCUCGACUAUCGCACGCUGCACGACAAGCAAGUCUAUUCACAAGUCGCCAGCGCUCUCGCGCGGCUACAUUGUUUUAGGCCCUCGGAACAGACACUGCCACGAGCCCAAGCAAUAGCACUCCAGUGGGAGUUCUGCGAGAGACUGCUGAGGAAAGCUGUGGAACGGCACUGCCUGCCGGUUGAGGAGCUUUGCAACGGCAAGCCAACGCGUUUACAGAACGAGUUCAAAGAGUUACGGCACCGUCUGCCUGCAGAUGACAUUGUGUUCUGCCACAAUGACCUGCUUGGUGCGAACAUACUCUACGAUCCGACGGAACAGAUGAUUCGUUUUGUGGAUUUCGAGUAUGCAGGUUACGCACCGCGGGCGUAUGACCUUGGGAACCACUUCAACGAAUGGAUGGGUCUCACGGAGAACUGUGGCUUGAAGCCGCUUGAUUCGUUUGCACGAUAUCCGACUGAAGCCGAGCAGCAUCGUUUCGCGGAAGCAUAUCUGGCAUCGUUGUCAGCAUUUUCACAGAGUGACGACGCAAUAGACACCGCAACCAGCUCGAGAUGCCGUAGCGCUUCGGUAUCGACCUUGGAACGGGAUCGUCUUGUCGCUGAGGCGAAUGCUUUCAGCCUACUGAGUCACUGGAUCUGGAGUGUUUGGGCUUUCAUCAUGGCAGCUGAUCCACCGAGCGAAACAUUUGACUAUGUGCAUUUUGGCCGGGAGCGCCUCCUCCUGAUGCGGAUGCACUGGUCUGAACGUCUGGGCGCCGUGGAUCAUCUUUUGCAUUGA